AUGAGCAAGAAACGAGUAAUUGCGAGGGUUCCAGUAGCCAUCGAUACUCAGCGGUACGUAGAAGGUUGUAUGGCAUUUACAACAGAGCAUCAUCUUCCCAUGCGGUGCUUCGAAUGGGAGGACCUGAAAAUGCUGCUGGAUCCGAUCGAGGAGGCUCUCGGAGUGCGCAUAAACAGGAAGAAUACUUGGAAGAAUAUCAAAACUCUGUUGGCCACCGGAUCCGCUGGACUGGAGAAAACCAUCAAGAGGGAAAUGGCGGGAACCCUGUUCUGCUUACGCAUUGACUCGGCCUCGCGUCACGGGCGCCAUAUCCUUGGCGUUGAUGCACAAUUCUUCCUGGAAAAUGAAGCAGUCACUCGCACUCUAGUUGAUAAACAGCUUUAUCAAACAAGAGGUGGCUUUCUAAAAGAUGGGCGAAAAAUUUCCAGACCAGGUAAUUUAUUUUUCAUUACAACUAUACUGAUAACUUAUACAUCACUUCACUCUACUAUUCUAGCACUGAGUGAAGAAGACUGGCAGUUCUGUCAUGAUUUUGAAUCUGCGUUCAAACCCCUCCACGUUAUGACAAAGACAUUGCAGAGCAAUAAUCAAGUUUUCCCUGACUUUUGCAUGGAAUGGAUUCUAGCGAUCCGCGACCUCCGAAUUAUGCAGAGUAAUCCGUUCUCCUACUCACUGAUCGAGGCACUUAAUGUAAGGUUGGCGAGUCUGAAGAGCAACAUGCUGUUCAAAGUAUCCUUGUUCGUUGACCCUAGAUUUACGUACUUGAACUCCACGUUUUUUUACCCCGGACGAGAAAGAAGAAAUUCAGGUAUAAUUAUAGUGAAUCAAAACAUCGAAUUUAUGAUUUUUAGAUUAACAUCCUUCAGAACGAAAGAAAAAACUACCGAUACCAGGCAAACACAAGAUUCCAACUCUACCAAUGACAUCGAUAGCUAUUUGGCUGAGAUGUUCGGUGGGUCCAGCUCAAAAGAUGAUACGCUUCAAGAUCCCAAAACUAAAAUUAUGCAGCAACUCAAGAUGCUAGAAAUUGAACCACGAAAGCCUCAUGAUUAUGAUGUUUGGAGCCAUUGGUUGCUGAAAAGGACCACAUAACCUGAAUUAGCCAUAGUGGCCUUGGUUAUUCUGGCAACACCGUCAAACCAGGUGUCUGUGGAACGUGCGUUUAGUGCACUUGCUUUGGUGGUAUCAGACGCAAGAACCGAGCUCGCCGAUGAUACUCUUGAAGAGAUAUUACUUAUCAAGUUGAAUGCCAAUCUUUUCAAAAAAAAAAGUUCCAUCGCUUUAUGACUGGAAAGAUUUGAAAGCGAAGCAUUUGUCAUAAGCAUAUCCUAAAGUUACUAUCUUUGCGUUAUUUUCAUUUUUCAUAACUAUUUUUUGUUUUUUUUUUAUUUUUCAUACCUAUUUUUUUAUUUUUCAUAGCUUUAAAUAAAACUUAUUUACACUUCUCCCGUGUCUUUCAAUAAUUAGUUACAAUGUCAUAUUCCACUAUCAAUACAAAUACGAAGCUGGUCAGCAAUGAACAGACCCUAACAAAUCUAUUAAAGGGGUUUUGUUAGAAGUGAGCACGACAGAAAACAAAUAGAACGAAAUCAAUCGGUGUCGUAGAUCGUUUAACCCUUUGGAGCCGGAGGGGCCAAUAUGCCCCGACGAUGAAACCGAGCAUAACAAAAGUAUUGGAGGCCAGCGAGGUUGCGGCAGCAGUGGAGGAAAUAUCCUUUAGAGCCGGAGUUAAUCCGAAAUAUAUUUUUAUGCAACCAGUUGUAUUAAUACGAUAUUUUCAAAGCUUGUACAUUUAUCCAACUAGGCUUGUCGAGUUGGAUAAAUGUACGGCUCAUACUAAAUGAAUGCUGUUUUUACAACUUGGGGAUUUUAUGCAGAGUUCCAAAUCGAUAGUGGAAUAGAAGGUAAAAUAAGAACCAUCCCGUACAUUUUUUUUGCAAAGCCAAUAAAUUGCAAUUACAAUCUGCAUUAACCUCCUCUAUCGAUGCGUGAUUUAUUAAUGUAUGCGCUCAUCGGUUCAAUAGCAUUUUUUUAAUGUAGGGUAAUGGCUAUAAUGGUACCCUAUUUGGCCAUAGUGAAAAUAUGAAAGUUUUAUUAGCAAGAUAUUGAAUGUAUCUUCUCAUUAAAACUCUUGAAGUGAUGCAAAAUUUUGAAUUAUCUCAAAUAACCACUAUGACUAAAUAGGAAACCUUUCAAGGAACCUUCCUAAUGUACACCAUAUGCUUCAAUAAUUCUCAUUUACCCUUGAGAUGCAUAUGAGACUAUCAUUUAUGCACAUGAACCGUACGUAAAGGUGUAGUUAUGGAAACUUUAUUGACAAACCCCAUUUUACACAUAUUUAUUGAUAGUUAUCUUCACAUGGCUUUACUAAACUUAGAAUAUAUUUCCAUAUGUGUUAUUUGGAGUCGACAUACUGCUGCCUUUUUGCCACGACCGUCAUGACCGUCAAUUCAAUGAGCAAACGAACGUUACGCAAAACAUGAAGCAUGAUUGUUGCAGUCCCCGAGGUAACAACGCAACCGACAAACAGUUUGUUUUUUCGGCUUGACUACAUACUACGGCGACUUGAUGAGCCUAUUGCGAUUGUGUGGCAGUGAAAACGAAACACUUCUCAGGGUGGCUUGACAGUGAGAACUAACGGUGACCAAUGCCAAGCCUGCUUUGUAGGCAGCAUUCAAAAUAGUGAUCGCCCUAAAGUUCUCACAUUCCAAAUGGUCGCCUUUCUUGUGAAUGGGGCAGAUUACCCCUUCCUUCCACUCCUCCUAUAGCUGUUCGGUUUCCCAGAUCCUGACUAUCAGCCGAUGCAGACAGGUGGCCAACUUUUCUGGGCCCAGUUUGAUGAGUUCAGCUGCGAUACCAUCCUUACCAGCUGCUUUGUUGGUUUUGAGCUGGUGAAUGGCAUCCUUAACUUCCCUCAGCGUGGAAGUUGGUUCAUUUCCGUCCUCCGCUGCACUGGCGUCGUCGUUUCCUCCGUUACCGUGGGCUCCCGUGCCUACGUUCUCCACGCCAUUCAGGUGCUGAUCGAAGUGCUGCUUCCACCUUUCGAUCACCUCACGUCCAUCCGUCAAGAUUCGUCCGUGUUAUCCCUGCAUAUUUCGGCUCGCGGCACGAAGCCGUUGCGGGAUGCGUUGAGCUUCUGAUAGAACUUCCAUGUUUCUUGGGUACGGCACAGCAGUUCCAUUUGUUCACACUCCGCUUCUUCCAGGCGGCGCUUUUUCUCCCGAAAGAGGCCAACUGUUGACCAACCUAACUUGCGUAAGGCAUAUAGGAGGAACUGCUUUUGUGUUGAUUCGAUUCGAUCCACAUGUGUUACCAUGUAGGGACCAUACUAUGCUACAGUAUUCUAGAACUGAUCUUACAUAAGCGACGUACAAUGUUUUAAUCGUGUAUGGGUCCUGAAAGUUGUAGCUAAAACGCUUAAUGAAGCUUAACAUAUUAGUCGCUUUAUGAGUGAUAGCGUUAUAAUGAUCGGUAAAAGUUAAUUUGGAAUCUAAGAUAACACCUAAAUCUCUAAUUCUAUUGCACUUUUCAACUUCUUGGUUUCCUAAAGAUACAAUUAAUGGUGGUGUACCGUAAUCCGGGGUAACAUUGAUCAGAAUUUUCGAUCUAUCUUGAAUAAUUCUCUUGUUAAAGAAAAGGUUAUAUGUUUUAUAUUUUUAAAACAAGUACUGGCCCUCUGAGUAUGUGUUAAGCCACUCGAAAAAGUAUUGUAUAACUUUAAAACAUGUUUAAAUAGGCUUUUUAAUCUAAUGUUUGAUUUUGUUAAUUUGGGGUAACAUUGAUCAUGUCAGUGAUCAAUGUUCGUUUGUGAUGAAAAUAUCCUUACUUACCAAAUUCGAGGUCGCUGAUUUCAAAUAUGUUGUCCAAAUUCUUAUAAGUUAUGUACUUUUUGAGUUAUUUUAGGAUUAAAAUCCUCCAAACCGCGAAAAACGCCUUAAGGUAGGCCAUGUCUCAAGGAAUUGAUAGCCUACUUUUAAUAAAUCGUAUAUUUCAUUAUAAAAACGCAUUUUCAUAAAAGUUUUGUUUAUUAAAUCCAACUCUAGGAUAUCGUAUUGAUAUAAUACAAUGAUUUCGAACCUCAUAUUGUAUCUAGUAUUCACGCCAAGCAUGGAUGUUUGGCAAUGUAUCUCAUCGCGUUACGAAACACAAUUUUGGAAAUUUCAAUGUUUAUGAAAUUCAAUUUCCAUUAAUUUCAUUACAUUUAAUAGCUAAAUGAUAGCAGAUUACGAUAUACCAUUUGAUAGAAGAAACUGAUUCAAUGUAAAAUGCUUGUUUGAACAUUUCAUAAGGUCGGUCAAGCUGAUCAAUGUUACCCCGCCGAUCAAUGAUACCCCGUUUUACGGUACUAUGUUUUCUGCUGUACGUAAUUGAAUUACAUUUUUUCACAUUUAACUGCAGCAGGCUUUUACUACAACAUUGGUCAAAUAUGCGUAUUUCACUCAAAAAACAUUCUUUGUCUUCUUCAUUUUUUAUUUCUUUAAAGAGUUUCAUAUCAUCAGCGUAUAUAAGGAUUUUGAGAUGUUUUAGAAUAUACGUGAUAUCAUUUACGAACAAUAUGAAAAGCAAAGGCCAUAAAUGUGAACCUUGGGGAACUCCUGAUGAUACGUUGAUAGGUUCUGACUUCUUCCCCUCAAAUCUUACUAUCUGUAAUCGGUCAGUUAAGUACGAUUCGAUCCAUUUAAGUAGUCUUGACUCGAUUCCCAUUUUAUCAAGCUUGAAAAUCAACAUUGGAAUGUCAAGUCUGUCGAACGCCUUACUGAAAUCGGUGUAAAGUGAUUCAAUAUAGUUACCGCUGUCCAUUACACAUAAGGUGUAAUUAACAAAUUCUAACAAGUUUGUUGUAGUCGACCGACCUUUGAAAAAUCCAUGUUGUGCAUUUGUUAUUCUUAGUUAGAUUUGAUUAAACACACAUCUGAAGUUCGGAUGUUGCAGCUCAACAUUUAGUAAGAAAAUUGCAUACGUUCAGGCGUUUCCAAAAGCAAAAGUUUCAAUCUCGUUGACUGAUAAAAUCCAUAGUCGUACAUAUUUAAAACAUUUACUUUGGUACCGUAAUCUGGGGGCUAGUUGAUCAGCGGAGUGAAGUUAAUCACUAUGGGAUCCGCGUCCUGCAACCGCUGAGGAUGCCACAAUUCUGUUUGAAUGGAAGUAGUAAGGACUGUAUCGGAAAUUAACUAUAUAUGUUCAAAACAUCCUAAAAAUAAUUUAUUCAAUGAUUUUUAAUGAAACUCAACGUACAUAUGUACAGAUGGAAUUAUUAUUAUUAAAAUUGCGAAAAAAUCCACAGCUCAGGUGAGAUUUGAACUCACGACCCUUAUACGCUAGACAAGUGCUUUUCUAACUAAGCUACCGAGCCAAUUAAUGACACGGCAUUUUGGUUGGUACAAGGUAAUUCCAAUCUCAUCGAUCAUGCUUCAUCUUUCCCUUAAAUUUCACCGCAAAUAUAUCCAUCUCUUAUGUACACAUGCAUGAAGAGCGAUGCGAUUUAUUUACUGUUGAAACUGUUUGCCUAACUUUCAGGCGUCUCUUCAUCACCGACUGUGGUGAGGAAGAACAAUUGAAACCUGGUAGGCGACCAACGUGUCGUUCGCACUCUUUCAUAUACGACAGAUUACUACAGAAGAGGUAGAAGCUCGAAUAUGACUUAAGGGCAAAGUCUUCGGUAUACCAAUCCGUGUGGUCAAUUAAUGAUUUUUAAUGAAACUCAACGUACAUAUGUACAGAUGGAAAUAUUAUUAGUAAAAUUGCGAAAAAAUCCACAGCUCAGGUGAGAUUUGAACUCACGACCCUUAUACGCUAGACAAGUGCUUUUCCUACUAAGCUACCGAGCCAAUUAAUGCCACGGCAUUUUGGUUGGUACAAGGUAAUUCCAAUCUCAUCGAUCAUGCUUCAUCUUUCCCUUAAAUUUCACCGCAAAUAUAUCCAUCUCUUAUGUACACAUGCAUGAAGAGCGAUGCGAUUUAU